CACCAGAUCUCGUAAACGAUACGUCUAUCUCAAGAUGAUUCGUGCUGUUGUUAUUUUCUGCGUUAUUUCUGGAACAAUUUCGAUCCCCGUUCCAAAGGACUAUUAUCCAAAAUCAGGAUGCGGACAGUACGGAUGUUCACAGGGAACUGAUCUUCUUCAAAAUCAAGAAGUGAUCAGGGGUGUUAACAACAAUGGAUUUGAUGCUCGCUUUGUAGGGUUUGAUGGAAGGAAUGCCGCCGCUUCUGCUUCCUCUGCUGCAACAAGUGGUUUGGAUGCGUCCGCUUCCGCUGUUUCUGGUGCUAGAAGAUUUGCUGGACACUCAGGAGUGAUUGGCUUGAACAAUGGAUUUGGAUUCAAUGGAGUAAACCCUGCUGCUGCUGCUGCUACAGCAGUGACCUCCGAUGCUGAGAGAACUGCAUUCCUUAGAAAUGCAGGAUUUCAAGCUACUGCACCUUACAAUGGACCUAUUGGUCAUCAGGUACCAAGCAUCAGUUAUCCAUCCGGUCCACUGGUGAAACCAAUCCCAAGUGCACAUUAUCCUACUAACGAGAUUCUUGGUCAGGCCUCUGGGGCUACUGCUUCAGCUAAUUCAAUGGGCGCUUCAGCCUCCUCAGCUGCUACUGGUCUAUCUCCAGGUGCCACACUUGGAUCUGAAAUUGGAAUAGGAUCCCCAUUCAUAAGAAAAGUUGGUGGUUCGUUUGUACAACCAUUCCCAAGUGUAAAAUUUCCUACCAAUCAUGUUUUUGGAGCAUCUGCUUCUUCUGCUGCUGUAGGCGGUUCCACCUCAGUUGCAUCUGCUGCUUCAAGUGCCAACAUUGGAUCUGGAAUUAGAAUGGACGGAGUUAUUCGACCGGAAUUUCCAAAUACAUUCGGGGGUCCAGUAAUUCAUCCAGUCCAAGGUGUAAACUAUCCGCAAUUCCCUGUUGGUCAAACCUCAGCAUCAUCUGCGGCUGCUGCUUCAGUCGUACCAAACGGCUCGUCUGCAGCCUCAGCUGCCGUUGUCGGAUCUGGAAGACAGUCUGCAAUUAUCAACUCAAAUAUUGUGUCAACUGGAAAGGUUUACUAAUAUUACAUGCAUAUGCAAGGAAUCAUUGACUGUGAUACAGAGACAACCAUGGUGUACGAUAGUGUUGUAUUUAUUUAUUUGCUUGAGUAAAUAAUCAUACUUUGAAA